AUGUCACAAGAUCUGCAUCCUCUUGGGCAAAUAACUGAAGUCCUAACAGAAUAUGACAAGAGACGAGAACUGAAGAAAUAUCGCUUUGACAAUGAGGAGGCUGCUGAGAAGUACCGAGAGGCAAACAAUAAAUUGAACAGAGAAAUUGCAUCGGCAAAAGAGGCAUGGAUCAAUCGACAAUGCUCUAGUAUUGAGGAUUGUUAUCAACGCAACGAUGCCAACACUUCAGAGACAUGUCUUGACGAAAUCGAUCUACCACCACCAGAAAUCGAAGAGUCACCGGUAGUCCGAAGUGAAAUAGAAGAGGCUCUAAAGAAGCUUAAAUGCAAUAAAGCACCCGGAACAGACAACAUCUCUGCGGAGCUGAUGAAAAGCGGUGGUGACAAAAUGAUUGAUAUGCUACUAAAGAUCUGCAAUAGGACACUCGCAACUGGUGAAUGGCCAACGAAAUGGACAGAGUCAGUAGUCAUACCACUUCCAAAGAAAGGCAACAUAAGGAAAUGUGAAAACAACAGAACAAUUAGUCUCAUAAGCCACCCGAGUAAGGUUUUACUGUAUGUCAUGCUUAAUCGAAUGAAACCAACGAUUAAAAGAGAACUGGACGAUGCACAAGCUAGACUUCAAGAGGGACGAAGCACUACAGAGCAAAUUUGUAACCUUAGGAUACUUUCUGAGAAAUACCAAGAACACCAGAAACCUCUGUAUCAUAAUUCUAUCGAUUUCAAGAAAGCCUUUGACAGAGUAUGGCACAAAGCUCUCUGGACAGUUAUGCGGAAAUAUAUUAGUAGUAACAACAUCAUUAAAACCAUUAUGUCGCUUUAUGAUCACGCCAAGAGUUUAGUAUUUGCUGGAGGAAAUUUGAGCAAAUGGUUCAGAUCCAAAGUAGGCGUCCGGCUUGACACUACUACCCGGAAAUAUGGUAUGGAGAUAAGUUCAGAAAAAAACAAGGUGAUGGUGACAGCUAAGGAAGAGGUGCAGUUGAAUGAACCUAUAACGGUUUCGAACCAAGAACUGGAACAAGUAAGCUGUUUUAAAUACUUUGGGAGCCAAAUCAGUUACAACCUACAAUCGCAAAUCGAAAUUAAAAGUCGUAUAGCAAUAGCAACAGCUGCUUUAGUUAAGUUAGAUACGAUAUGGAAGAACAGUGGCAUCACAGUCAAAACAAAAACAAGGUGCAUGAAAGCAAUUGUGUUAGCCACAAUGACCUACGGCUGCGAAUCGUGGACACUCAACGCUGAGUCGGAGAAAAGAAUCAACGCUUUCGAAAUGAAAUUCUACCGAAAAAUUCUGCGCAUUCCUUACACUGCCCAUAGAACUAAUGAGAACGUCAAGGAAGAAACUGUACAAAAUUGUGGGAACCAAGAAAUGUUGCAGUGGGUUGUAAAGAGGCGAAAGAUACAGUGGUUUGGUCACGUCACCUGUAAUCACAGUUCCCUAAGCCUUGCAAAUACCAUAAUGCAUGGCAGAGUACCCGGAAAAAGAGGCCGGGGAAGACCAAGGAAAACCUGGCUGUCUAACAUUCAGGAAUGGACAAAUCUAUCAAUGGUAGACGCUACAAGAAGGGCAGCUGACAGAAAUAUGUGGAAAGACAUGGGUAAAAACAUAAGAGUGCACCUACGGCCCAAUGACUACGGACCUUGA